GAAGGAAGUACUCAGGAGGCGGUUGAGGAAAAGUCUUCGGCAGUGAUGAAUGAGCCUCCGAUGGUAAAGAAGAGCAAAGACGAGCUGUGGGACGAAUGUGUAUUGCUCCAGGAGGAAGUGGAGAGGGUGCAGAAGCAGAAGAAGCACUUUAAGCUGGAGAGGGACAAGGCCCAAAGAUCCUGGGAGAACUCCAAGAGAAACCUGGAGGAGACCAAGGCCAGGAUGAAAGAAAGGCUCAGGUUGAAGCAGGAGGCCAAGAAACGCUGCCAGGCAGAAUUUGAUGAGCACAAGGAGAAGCUGAGACAACUGGAGGCCACACAACAUGUUGAGGUCGGCGAGUUGAAGAUGGCCACCAUUGCCACAGCUUCGAAGACCCAGAAAGAGCAUGUGCAGUCAGACGUCAACCUUCAGAGGAAAAUGUGCAAUUUACAGACGGACAAGAGAGAGAAAGAGUGCAACGGCAAAAUCUACAUGGAGAAGCUCAAGCAGAAACAACAUGAAGAAUUAAAGAAACUACAUGAGAGCUACAAAAAUAAAAUCGGAGAAAUGGAGGCACAGUAUGACAGCAAAAAGAAAAUCCUGGUUAGAGAGAACAACGACGAAAUACAAAUUGAGUUCAAGAAGAUUGACGAGAGAAUGAAAAUACGCACCGAAACUGUUGUUGAAGAGCAAUCAAAGAUCUGGGAACAAAUCAACUACAUCAUCAGAGACAGAAGAUAUGUCAUUGAAAUACAGAGGCAGCAGGGGAGAGUUGUAGCUGGGAAGGAACUGAACAAGCGACUGGACAGGAGGUUGGAAGUAGCCGCGCAGAAGAACACGCGCCUCAGAGAGUCUCUGCGGGAACAGAGGGCAAAGCUGUGCGGGAGCCGCCAACAGCUGGUCGUCGAGAGGAAAGCCAUGGCCAAGAGUGUGAAGAGUGGCAAUAAACUGUGUGCACAGAUCCUCCACGAGAGACGCGAGCUCAACCUGAAGCACCAGCAGCUGGAGCUGAAACACGAGCAGGUUCAGAAGGAAUACGACGAGCUGCAGAGGAAGCAGACCGAGGCCAUUCUGGACGCGCAGCAGAAGAGCGGCCUGAAGGAGCUGCUGCUGGAGAGGAAGAUAACAGCAGUGACUGAAACACUCGAGAAGGAGCAACUCAAACUGUGGGUGGCGCUCGCCUUCGGACAGGGAGACCAAACGGCUGCAACACACAUUAAGGAACUAUUUGAGUCCAAAGACAUCGCCAUCAAGGCCUUGAAGGAAGACAUGUCUCGAGAUUUAAAGGAGUAUGACAACUUGGUGAACAAGGUGAAGGCUUCGGGGACCUCUGUGAGCGAGCAGCUCCCACGGGGCGAGAUCAGAGCAUCCAUCAGGAACGCCUCAGAGAACUUUGACAACGUGAUGCAGGAGCUGAAGACUUUGAGAGUCUCUGAGGAAAAGGAAACCCCAGCGGGACCGAGCCUAAACUCUGAACUCUCAGGAUCUUCUGGCGGAGUCCUUCAUGUUGAACCGUAGUUUCUCCUACGCGCUUGGAACUGGAGGGUGAGGCAAGGGCGUUGUAAUCUGAAUCUUAGGUUCUGGAAAAUUAAAGAGACA